CAAGUCACCAAGACUCUUAUGUUCUCUAAGUGGUUCAUAUGGUCCGGACUUUGAGGUUUGUAUUUGCAUAGAAUGAGUGAUUAAGCCACCCCCCUCAAGAUGUCCGUGGCGAUAUCUGCGACUUCGGUGAGCAGUGCUUUCGAUUCCAUUCCUAUUAUAGAUAUAGGACAUGCGUCGACACCUAAGGAGCGGGCUGCAUUGGCUCGGCAGAUCAGAGAUGCGUGCAUGAGUGUUGGGUUCUUUUACGUUAAAAAUCACGGUAUCCCUGAAGAGACAAUCGAUGAAGCCCUCUCGGCGAUGAAAGCUUACUUUUCUCUCCCGACUGAGACGAAGAUGAAGCUUUUCCACAAACAGGGCACACAUUUCAGAGGAUAUGAGCCCCUUUUAGAUUCCAACAUCGAUCUAGCCAACAGAGGUGAUCUGUACGAAGGUUUCGUAAUCAGUCGGGAAGAACUGGUACCAAAGGAAGGCGAUGACAAGAAACCAGAUGGCGAUACUGCGUUUUCUGGAAACCUAUGGCCCUCGGAACCCGCUGGGUUCCGUGAAGCCUUCGUCAAUUACUACCACGCAGCUUUUGGUGUUGGAAAGGUUCUGCACCGCCUCUUUGCCCUCGCACUGGAUCUCCCUGAAACGUACUUCGAUGGCAAGCUCAAGCGUGACCCAAUCAUGCGGGGACUCCAUUAUCCCCCUCAAACAGGUUCCGAAGACGACCGUAUCGUUGGAAUCGGUGCUCACUCCGAUUUUGAGUGCUUCACCAUCUUAUGGCAGGAACCUGGUGUUCAGGCUCUGCAGAUCCUAAACUCGGAGAAGCAAUGGAUAAAUGCUACGCCAAUUCCCGGCACGCUGGUCAUCAAUAUUGGCGACUUGCUUUCGCGAUGGACGAAUGACAUAUUUAGGUCGACCGUGCAUAGAGUGAUCAACAGGAGCGGCGUCUGUCGUUAUUCUAUUGCACAGUUCAUGGGUGCAGAUCCCCACGUCGAGGUCGAGCCCAUACCGAGUUGUGUAUCCGCUGAGAGACAAGCCAAGUACGAGACCAUCAAUGCAGGGGAACACGUCCGGAAGCGUCUGCGGGAAAUGUACCAACACAGUAUCACACAAUGAGUCGUUUUUGGACUUGAAUGUACGCUUUUGAAUACACAAGCCUUAGUUUUUGCAGAUAUAUAUCUCUGGAUGCUGCGUGUUGGAAGCAAUCAAAGCCAGCUCGUCUUUGGGAAGUGGAAGCAGCCAAAAUUACCGUACGAUCGCCCUGCAGGAACCACAAGGACUCUCGAAAUGGCCCCCCCUCACUGGGGUGAUGUAUACGCAACCGAGGCGGAUUCCGUGAAAGAGGCCCGUAAACAAGUUGAGGUUCUCAAGUGUGAUUCCGAAUGUGGGAGACUCGAGAGAAACAUUGAAUCGACCACAGAAUCAACCAAUGUCAGGAGUGUCAAACAGAGGCAACGUUAGUUAGAUAGUAAAUGUGUUGUGUGUCACAUCAAGAUUCUGCGGGGGGU